AGAAAAGGGGGAGGGAAAGGGAAUGAAAAAUGAAUGCCGGAUGAAUGCCCAAGGAAUUGAUCGGGUUAGGAGAGGAAUAGGGACUUCAAUAGCCUGUUCACCGACCUAUGUUGAAGAUGCAGAGAAAGAGAGAAAGGAGGAGGGGGAGUUAUCUUUGUGGCCAUUGGAGGUGGGUAAGGCCACUUCUCGGAGAGCCAAGGCAUGGCAAAAGUUAGCAUGGUGGUGGGAACAAGAAGCGGAUGCCAAGGAAGGCAUCACUAGAUGGUGACUAUGCAAUUAGUUGUCACUCCAUCUUUUGUUUCAUUAUUUAAGAGAGAUUCUCAUGCUCUCAUGCUCUUAGGCUAAAAAUAAUCCCUAGCUCUAGUUUUCUUUUAUGUCUGUUUCUUUCUUUUUAUUUUUUUGGUAGCAUGUUAAAUUGCUGUUUGAUGUUUCUUUCUUAAAUUUUGCUAGCCACAGGUCAGGAAUUAGGUUGGCUCCCAGAAUCUUUUUCUGGUAGUUUCUCUUUAUUGUGUUUAGGUUUUUUUUAAAACUUUUGGCAUACCCCUGCCUUGAAUAUAUUGCCUGUCCAAUUCUGCAACUUUUUUAAUCACUAUAUUGCGUUGAAUAGUGUUUAGAGACUGCAGUUGAAGGGAUCUUAAAUAGUGGAUACCUAUCUUUCUAAUUGUCAACUUUGGAAUCUUACAAAUACAUGUAGUAAGGCACUUUUCACCAUUUCAAAAAUCAAUUUUCUUUCUUUUCUUUUUUUGCUUUCUCUUCCAUAUACACUAAAAUCAAUACAAUUUUUUAUUAAGAAAAAAAUUAACCUUUUUCAUAAGUAGUAUUCCUUAUCAGGACCUUAGAGGUGAUUCUGUAUCGGAGAUCUCUAGGAAGAUGGCCUUUCCUCUUCAUUUUGUCAGUUGCCAACAUAGAGGGAUGAGUUAAUGAAGUGGAGAAAGUCUUUAUUUCCCUCAUUUUUUUAAGCAAAGAUUAAAUAUCAGUGUUGUCAAUAGCAACCACAAUGGGCUGGAUAAUACUGUUGCACAUAUGGAUUCAUACAAGGUAAUGUAUAUGUAUUGAUCCAUGGAAUCAUGUUAUAUCAUGUGGUGGAAUUUUUUUUUUAAUAGAUAUCACAUUAUUUU